GCUGUGAGAGUCUCUAACCUUCAAUAUUUGCCAUACCGUCAAUUUUGAUAUACCUAUAUGCUCACUUGCUUGACCUAUCAAAAGAUCUGAUGAAAAUGUACUUCACCAAAGCUACUUUUCUGGUCCUGUUUCCUUUCAUUUGCCAUGUAGCAGGGUCAUUCCAUGAUAACCCUCAAGUCGUUCUUCCUGACCAAGAAACAAUAUCUAUAGCCGAACUUGAGAAGAAAUGGGGUGUUGAUUGGGCAUACUCCGGCAUUUCUACGUUCGCCCAUUUGAAGCAUGUUAGAUGCUUGAUCGACCCCCAGACAAAAUUUGACAUUGCUGUGCUUGGAGUCCCCUUCGACACUGCUGUUAGCUAUCGGCCUGGAGCUCGGUUUGGUCCACGCGCAAUUCGUGCUGCAUCUGCGCGCCAGACUCAAUUCCGAGGCUUCAACCAUAGGGCCGGUAUCAACCCUUAUACGUCGUGGGCCUCAAUCCUUGACUGCGGGGACAUUCCCGUAACGCCAUUUGACAAUGCUCUUGCAGUCCAUCAGAUGACAAUCGCUUAUGCAGAGCUACUUGCUCGAAAACCGGCCAGCUACGAAGAUCCGUCAUCCCAUACUUACCCAAAACUGGUGUCAAUUGGUGGUGAUCAUAGUAUUGCUCUUCCAGCUCUUCGUGCACUCCAGAAGGUCUACGGUGAACCAAUUACUGUACUGCACUUUGACGCCCAUCUCGACACUUGGCACCCGGGGAAGUUCCCAUCUGCGUGGGCCAACACCCCUACACAAGCAGAUUUUAACCAUGGAAGUAUGUUCUGGUUAGCUACCCAAGAAGGAUUGAUAUCAAAUACUUCCUCCGUUCAUGCGGGGCUACGUACUCGCUUGGCCGGGAGUGAUUACACAGAUUACAGUGACGAUGAAAACCAAGGAUUUUUACGUAUUGAAUCAGAUGAUAUUGACUCUUUGGGAGUAGCGGGGAUAAUCCAAAUCAUAAUGGAGCGUAUUGGAAAAGAAAAUCCAGUUUAUUUGAGCGUUGAUAUCGACGUCCUAGAUCCGGGCCUUGCUCCUGGUACUGGAACACCAGAAGCCGGAGGUUGGACAACCCGAGAACUAAUUCAAAUUCUGAGAGGUAUCGAAGAUUUGAACAUCGUUGGAGCUGAUCUAGUAGAGGUAGCCCCAGCGUAUGAUGGGUUUGGUGAAUCUACGGCAUUAUCUGGAGCACAGAUUAUUUAUGAGAUUGUGACAAGUAUUGUGAAGAAAGGAUUGAAAGACAAAGGAGAGUACACUGAGCUUUGGAAGCCUAAGGGGAAAUAUUUUUCCCAGAGUGCUCCUGAUACAACAGAUAAAAAGGAGUAUCUGAAAAAGACGGAGUUGUAACAGCCUUCUCAAACUCCAAUGGGCAGGUGCUGGAGGAUUCUUGCAAACUAUCAGUUGAUGUACCAUGUACCUGCUUUACACAUGUUACAAAUACGUAUUUAAGUAAUUUAGGGAAG